GUUGCGUAGAUGUUAACCCCAGAGUGGAUCUAGCAGGGAAGGGCAAGCAGGAGUUGGCGUUGGUAAGGUGUAGGUGUGCGCACGCAGACACCCUGCGUUUUGGGAGCAGCUGCCCAGUUGCCGUGCACGGCCUGGCCACCCGCUCCGUGUGCCUGCACACCUCCAGGCUGUUCCUGACGCCCGUGGUGGUUGACUUGGCAGGAUGUAUUGCAUCUUCCUCCAAAGCAUCUAGUGCUGACCACUUCUGGAAACAGGAGAUGGGACUAGCUGGGCUAUGCUAUCAUUUGUUGGCUGUCAUCACGGCUCUCACUUCUAUCAUCUGGUGGUUCUUUGGGAGCCUGUGCAAAAUCUUCAGCCUUGACCUCGGAGGUAUAUCGGCUAUUGUACUGAAUGGCUAUGAUGCGGUAAAAGAAUGCCUUCUUCACCAAAGCGAAACCUUUGCAGACAGACCGUCUCUUCCCUUGUUUAAGAAGCUGACAAACAUGGGAGGCUUACUGAACAGUAAAUAUGGCAGAGGAUGGACAGAACAUCGCAAAUUAGCUGUAAAUACCUUUCGAAUUUUUGGAUAUGGUCAAAGGUCCUUUGAACACAAAAUUUCAGAAGAAGCUAUGUUUUUUCUCGAUGCUAUUGAUACAUACAAAGGCAGACCAUUUGAUCUUAAGCACUUGAUAACAAAUGCUGUUUCAAACAUUACUAAUCUGAUUCUUUUUGGAGAACGUUUUACUUACGAAGAUACUGAAUUUCAGCACAUGAUUGAGAUUUUUAGUGAAAAUAUUGAAUUAGCUGCUAGUGCUUCUGUAUUUUUAUAUAAUGCUUUUCCUUGGAUUGGUAUCUUGCCAUUUGGGAAACACCAGCAGCUGUUUAAAAAUGCAGCUGAAGUCUAUGACUUUCUUCAUGAGCUUAUUGAACGUGUCUCUGAAAACAGGAAGCCUCAGUCCCCUCGACAUUUUGUAGAUGCAUAUUUAGAUGAGAUGGAUUGCAAUGAAAAUGAUCCAGAAUCUACAUAUUCAAGAGAAAACCUAAUUUUCUCUGUUGGAGAACUCAUCAUAGCUGGGACAGAAACCACAACAAAUGUUUUAAGAUGGGCAGUGUUAUUUAUGGCUCUUUAUCCAAACAUUCAAGGGCAAGUUCAAAAAGAAAUCGAUUUAGUCAUCGGCCCAAACAGAAUGCCUGCCUUAGAAGAGAAAUUCAAAAUGCCAUACACUGAGGCUGUUCUGCAUGAAGUUCUGCGAUUCUGUAACGUAGCUCCACUAGGUAUUUUUCACGCAACUUCCAAAGAUACUGUUGUGCGUGGUUACUCUAUUCCAGAAGGCACUACAGUCAUUACAAACCUCUACUCUGUUCAUUUUGAUGAAAAAUACUGGAGCAACCCAGAAGUGUUUUUCCCUGAGAGAUUUCUGGACAGCAGUGGGCAGUUUGUCAAGAAAGAUGCAUUUAUUCCUUUUUCACUAGGAAGAAGACACUGUCUUGGAGAACAACUAGCUCGAAUGGAACUGUUUUUGUUUUUCACUUCCUUACUACAACGAUUUCACCUGUGUUUUCCUCAUGGUGUGAUUCCAGAGCUCAAACCAAGAUUAGGCAUGACAUUACAACCACAGCCAUACCUCAUCUGUGCGGAAAGACGGUGA